GCGCCGGGGCCGCGGCUCAGCGCCCGCGCCCCGCCAGCGGCCCUCCGCCGCAACUUUCUCCCCGAUCCAAGUUAUUUUCUUUACCAACACACGCCCCGGGAGCAUUCCGAGCUGCUGCCUCCUUGCCUCCCUUCUCGGCCGUCACCGCGUGCCCGGGGGGGAAGCGCAGCUCGGAGGGCCCCGAGGGCCGUGCGAGGCCGGGGGAGGCAUUUUGCUGCUUUCGGGGAAACCGGCGAGGACGGCGAUCCCCCUUGUCCCCCCGCCGCCGAGCCGUGGCCCGGACGUUCAGGGGACUCAGCCCCGACGACACCCGAGAAACCACGCUGGGGAAGUUUCGGGGCUCCCUGUUGUCCUACAAAGGGAAGCGAGGACUGUGGCCGAAUUACUAUUGCCCAGAAGAAAAGAUGUUUGGUUUUCACAAGCCAAAGAUGUACCGAAGUAUAGAGGGCUGCUGUAUUUGCAGAGCGAAGUCCUCCAGUUCUCGAUUCACUGAUAGUAAACGCUAUGAAAAGGACUUCCAGAGCUGCUUUGGGUUGCAUGAGACUCGCUCAGGAGACAUCUGCAAUGCCUGUGUGCUGCUCGUGAAAAGAUGGAAGAAAUUGCCAGCAGGAUCGAAAAAAAACUGGAAUCAUGUGGUAGAUGCAAGAGCAGGACCCAGUCUAAAGACUACAUUGAAACCAAAGAAAGUGAAAACUCUGUCUGGAAACAGGAUAAAAAGCAACCAGAUCAGUAAACUACAGAAGGAAUUUAAACGUCACAAUUCUGAUGCUCACAGUACCACCUCAAGUGCCUCCCCCGCUCAGUCUCCUUGUUACAGUAACCAGUCAGAUGAUGGCUCUGAUACAGAGAUGGCUUCUGGCUCUAACAGAACACCAGUUUUUUCCUUUUUAGAUCUCACAUACUGGAAAAGACAGAAAAUAUGUUGUGGGAUUAUCUAUAAAGGCCGUUUUGGGGAAGUCCUCAUUGACACACAUCUCUUCAAGCCUUGCUGCAGCAACAAGAAAGCAGCCGCCGAGAAGCCGGAGGAGCAGCGCCCCGAGCCUCUGCCCCUGCCCCCUCAGGAGUGGUGACUGAGGUGUAUGUAGAAGGGGAUCAACGCGAGAUUGAAAUGUUGGAAAGGAAACAAAGCAACAAAACGACCCUCCUAUUUGUAACUCGGAUACCCGCUCUUCUGCCAAAAGACAAUUUCUAGAAUAGUUUCGAAUGGGUUAUUUUUCCUCCGGUUCCAUAAACUCUGACGCCAGUGUCUAGCUUACUAAAAGAAAAAAGUGUACAUAAUAUUUAAGAUGCUGAGUAUUUCAUAGGAAAGCUGAAUGCUGCUGUAAAGUGCUCUUUAAGUCUUUUUUUUGUUUGUUUAAUCCCCUUCUAAUGAAUGAAACUAGGGGAAUUUCAGGGGACAGAGAUGGGAUUUGUUGUAUGAUAAACGUAUGUAGUUCUAGUCUUUCUAUAUUGAGAAGCAGUGGUUGGGGCAUUUUUUAAGAUGGCUGGUUAUACUUAUUUUCCUUCAUGAUAAUAAAUUUGUCAUAACUCAGUAACAUGGACUUGCCCCUAGAGGGAGUUGUUAAUAAUUUUGAAAGAUUAAGGUCUUGCCAAGGUUCUGAUGAUUGAAACCUGUACUACUGAAUAUUAAGCAGGCCAGACUAAGCUCUCUGGUACAAAUACUUUGAAGGAGUACCUUCUAAAUAGACAGAAGUAACUUGACUGUAUAUGUUGUCACCUUCCUCCAUAUUGAUAUUUGAUAAAGAUUUUAAUUUAUAUGAAACUUCUAAGGCAGAAUGAAAGCUCCUCUUGGGGAAAUGUCAAGUCUUUUGGAUAAGCAAUCCUGUAUGAAUAGUACCAAAGCAUUACCAUAUGGUAGAGAACACACUCUAUUAAAAAUUAAAUUAUCUGAAGAGUAGAAUGUGCAAGUCUUCAGGAUGGCACACACACAAAAGGUUAAUGCUUCUUGGGGCACAUUUCUUAGAGGGCUUGCUGAGUGUGUAAAUAAUUGACUUUUGUUUGUGUUACAUGACUGGUGACUUCACUGAAAAUCUGCACAAUUCAGUUUUAGCUCUGGAUUACUUCAGUUGACCUUUGUGAAGGUUUUAUCUCUGUAGAGUGGGUGUUUGAGUUGUUUUAACCUGUUGGGUUUUGGGGUUUUUUUUCACUCUAUAUUAAAGUAAAAUUCUGCUCAAAGGAAAGAGGUGUGUGUUAAUGCUGAGUGGGUUGGUUUUGGUUUGGCUUCUUGUAGUCAGGCUUUCUGAACGUUGAGAUGUGUUAGAAGAUACACCCUGAAUGUGGAGCUCUUCAGUUCUAAAAUCUUUAUUAAAAAGCCUCUUACUUGAACCCAAACCAAAGUACUCUCAUUGCCUCUUUUCUAAAAGUUCAGGAAGAGUAGAUCACCAGUUCAGAGUUUUCAUAGUGAGGGAGGAUUGUUUGCCUGCCUUAUAGUAACAUGACUCAGUGCUUAUUUUUAAAACUGGAUUUUAAAGAUUGGAUAGUAUAAAUAACAAUAAGGAGUGAGCCACUUUUUAUGGGCACCCUAUAGUUUUAUAGUUCUUAAUCUAAACUUAAAAUUUUAUAUUUCUUCCUUUUGGAGAAAACUACAAGCCACCGUAUGCACAGACUACGCAGUGAGUUGGGUCGGCUCUCCCAAUGCCUUUGAGGUGUAUGUCAAGAGUCCCAGCCAUUAUCAUCUUCCUCCUGAGUUCUUUCGAAAUGGUUUUUUUUUUUUUGUACAUUUUGGCUGCAGUAUUGGUGGUAGAAUAUACUAUAAUAUGGAUCAUCUCUACUUCUGUAUUUAUUUAUUUAUUACUGGAACUCAACCACAGUCUUCUUUUUCCCCUUCCACCUCUUUGCCUGUAGGAUGUACUGUAUGUAGUCAUGCACUUUGUAUUAAUAUAUUAGAAAUCUACAGAUCUGUUUUGUACUUUUUAUACUGUUGGAUACAUAUAAUCAAAACUUUUACUAGGGUAUUGAAUAAAUUUAGUCUUAUUAGAAAAUAAAA